AUGGCCCAUCCUUCGCAGCGCACACCGCUGUCGCCAUCGCCGUGGAAUCGGCCGGCAAACGACGAAUACAAGACUCCCUCACGCCGGCACCAGCCCUCCAUGAAGUCGCUCCUCACAUUUGAUGCCUUGCCCGACGAGGCACCCACCCCUCGCUCCGCGCGCCUUCAGCAUCGGCCCAAGGACACGCUUGCUGGCCUGACAGCUGAUCCGGCUCCCGUGGGUGCGGCCACGCCGCGCUUCGAUGAAGAGCGCCGAGCCAUGCGCGCUGUGCAGACGCAACGCCAGGCGCUGGAUGUUGGUGCGCUGCAGCAGCUCAAGGCAACGUACGAAAACCAAAUCAAGGGCCUCACCCUCAAGGUUGACGGCCUUGAAAACCGCAAUGCCCAGCUCGAGGCCGCCGCCACUGAGGCUCAGGAAGAGCGGGCCCGCCACCGCGCCCUCACGCAAAAGGCCGAAGCAGGCCAAGCACAAGCCGAAGCCGAAGCAAAGCAACUACGCCACCGCCUGCACCAGCAGGCCAAGGCCAUGCAAGAGCUGACGGCUGAGCGCGAACAGCUCCGCACCGCACUGCAAGAUGCCGUCCGGGAUGCACAGACCGCAUCGGCUCUCUUGCGUGAUGCCGAAAACAGUGCCAGUGCCCUCAAGCAGCAGCAGGGUAAAAUGAUUGCCGCCCUCAAGACGCAGCUCGCUAACAGCGAAGACAUGGCUGCCACCCUCAAGACGACCAACGACCUGCUCACCUCGGAGUUACAUCAGCAGCGCAGUGCUAUUGACACGUUGCGCAAGGAGAUUGAGCUUGCCCUCCAGGCCAAGACGAGUGCUGAAAAGGCCCGCAGUCGCCGCAGCAUGGCCUACCAUGCCGAACACACACUGCGCGUCCAGAUGCAGGAAGCCCUCAAAUACUCGGACAACGAUGCCGUGUCAGAUGCCGCCCAUAAGGAUCAAGCCAUCAACGCACUCGAGGCACAAUUGGCGCAAGCCAAGAAGCACAUGGAAGCGCUUCACAUCAAGAUGACUCAAGAGCAGGCCACUCGUGUGUCUGUUGAAGAUCAGCUCGCCCAAGCACAGGAAGAGGACCGCCAUCGUCGCCAGUGCCGCGCCAAGAAAAUUCAGGGCUUAUUGGCUUUGCAACAAGGCAACCGCCCACUCGAUCAAAUGGAUGCUUACAUGCAGGACCACGUGGAUGACGUGGACUUGGCCUCAACUUCCUUCCAGGCAGAUGCCGAGGUGACCAUGACCGAAGCCCGUCCCGCAACGGGCACCGUUUCGGACGCCAAAGCCGAGGCCAUCUCCACAGACGAGUCUAUGGCGCCUCUGGAUGUCUCUUCGACAUCGGCGCUGCCUGAAGACGUCACGGGCAUUGCCUCGCCUGCAAGCCGCCUGGCGCCAGGACGUCCAAGCUUUUGUGGCUUGCACAUCCGAGCCUCGACCCCGACGUUGGAGAGCGAGCCUGCAGUCCCCAUGAACGCCGAGGUGGACGCCAGCCAAGACCUGAAGAACGAAACAGUGGAUCUGGACUUUGGCCAUUUGAGCUCGGCUACCUACGAUCUAGGCGCAGCCGAGACAACCUAUGAAAGCGUUCGCCCUGCCGAUGCUGACGAGCAGCAGCAGCCUCAUGCUGGGCCUGCUGCUUGCGACAGCCAUGCCUCCGCGUGGACGACCAACGUGUCCAUUGCGCACAACGAUGACGCUGAAGACACGGACAUGGAAAGCUACAUGGAAGUCGCUGACACCACCCGACCGGCCACCAGCCUGUACAUGACGCCACGCAACGACGUGAGCGGAGCGGCGCACGAAAGCCAGGCUCAAAACUCGACGGGAUUGAAUGACACAUCCGCUUAUCUUGAUGGCUUUUUGUGCGAUGAUACGCACGAGGAAAGUCUGAGUCAACACCAGCCGGCGCUCGAGGCUUCUAUUGCGGCAAGUGAAGCGUCGGCAGAAGCCAGUGAGGAUGACGCAGACCUGGAUGAUGAAGAAUAUAAAGACGACGUGUCUGUAGAGGUGUUGGACAUGUAG